UGAGACACGAGAGAACGAUGAGUUUCUAAAGAACCUACAAACUCUUUCUAUUUCCUCUCCUUGUUGUCUUUAGAAAAUGAUCGCAUCUGUAUGUUUUCUUUUUUAUAUUGGCAGCAUUGGAAGAAACAAACGAUGCUUGUGGCAACAACGUAUACACUUAUUCAAGUAUCACGCGUUCCUUGCAAUUUUGAGAAUGACCUUAUUAAUAUUUUUUCAUGCAAAUUAAAAUCUGUGGUUAGUUCUGUGAAUUAUUAUUCGAUAUUAUUCGUAGUGCUUUUACGUUAGUUUUAUUUGCAUGUGCAACACGGUUAAAUACAAGUGAAAAUUCAACAACUGCAGCGAUUUACGGGGUGUGAAUUUGUGCAUCAUUGGAUUGACAUUAAGCUGUUUUAAAGAAAAACAUUCGAAUGAAAUAUUUUAAUUGCUAGAGUAUAAUAUCUGCAAUAUACUUUUUUAAAUGCUUAUUUAUCCGUUUGCCUUAGUCGAAAAUAUGGACGAAUUAUGAAGCAGACGAAGUGAUAGAUUCCUGUAAGUGAUGUUCUCAAAAUGACAACUGUUGGUAAUAAAUCGGGAGAUAUAAUUUUUUAAUUGUCCAAUAAAUAAACAUUUAUGGGAUCAAUAUGGCACGUAAACGGAAACACGAAGUUAAAACAUCCGUAAAAUCAUCACCUAAGUAUACGCCCAUUAGAAAGUCUAGCAGACAGAUAGCUAAAAAGCAAUUAGAAGAGAGGAAGAUAAAUGGAAAGAUCUUGAAGACAUCAUCCACUUCAAAUGCCGAAGAAUCAAGAAGCGUGGAAGAAAUUGAGAAUCAAAUGGAUUCAAAGAAGAAUCAAAAUGUACAUAGAAAAUAUAAUAGUCAUAAAAACUUGUCCAAUAGCGAUGAUAUAUUAACCGAUAAUGUAUGUAGUAUAUACAAAAGAGAUGACGAAGAGAGCGAUAGUCAAGAUGGAUUGGAUAAUCUGUUGGAUCAAUCGGAGAAACUUAGUCCAGAGGAUGUGCGUCAGAUGGUUGUUGGUAAUACAACAGAAAAUAAUGAAACUAAACUUGAGUCUACAUCGAACGAAGUAGAAGUGUGGCCAGAAGAGGUAAUAGAAGAAAUAAUUUGUGAGGAGAUGGAAGUAGAAAGUGAUGCUACAGUAACUAGUUAUAAUGCUCUAGAACAAGAUAGUGGCAUGGUGGUUGAGCAAGUGCUAUUGAUGAAUAAGGCUAAUUUAGAGGGAGAUAAUUUUGUAGAAUAUACCGUUGUAAAAAAUGAAGAUGGCACGCAGUCGAUGGUAGUAGAGUCCAAAGUGGAAGGUACAGCUGGUAGCGAGUAUCAAAUCAUUCAGAAUGGUAUGAAUAAUUUACGUAUGACCGUUGAUGAAAAAUCCACGCCAAGUGUUUUAUCUUAUAAAAUGUCAGGUUCAAAGCAUCAACAUAAUAAAGUAGCGUACGAUAUAGAUAAUAAUUCUACUAAUAAAAAGGUAAUUUCGUUAGAUUGUGCAAAUAGUACUUAUAAAAAUGAUAAAACGGUCGAGGAUAUUAGAACGGAAUCGUUUAAACAUCGGUGCAUAAGUAAAGAUCAGGUUCGUCGUCAAAAAGAAGAAUCUAAUUUUUUGAGCAAUGAUGCCAAAAAAGGAAGCAAUAAUUAUGUGUCUAACCUAUCCAAGGAAGAAUAUGAGGAUCAACAACAUUUAAGAGAACGUCAGAAAGAGAUCGUGAAGGGGGAUAAUUGUUUUAAAUCGGAAAAGUCGAAUGUUGUGCAACAGAAUCAGUGUUCUAAAGAAAUAGAAAAGUUAGUUAACGAUUUGUGCAGUGUAGAAAGUGUUAAUUCGCCUGUAGAAACAUGUAUAAAUGUACAAAAAAUAUCAUUGGUUAAUGAAGAUGACGAAAGUAGUUCAUCGAUAUUAGAUAAAAUGGAACAAUUGCAUCGUUCAGCUAAUUGUGAGUCUAAUACUGAUACGGUAUAUGUUUAUCAGAAGUCAGUGGAAUGUGUUUUGAAAAAUCAACAACGAAGUGCCCUAAAGUCAGACAAUUUUGCAGAAAGUGUUGUAGCAUGUGCAAGUGAACUACCAUUAAAUUGUAGAAAUUUACAGAAAAAGAAAACUCCAAAUCAAAAGCCUCCUGAUCAUUUGCAAAAUAUUGAAGAUGUAUGUGCAGACAGUGAAGCAGAUAGCAAAGUAGAUAGCGAAGAUAUGAAAUUAACUAGUAGCGGUGACAGUAGUAAUGAUACAUUGUUAUCAAUAAAUAAUUAUAAAAUACCAGAUAUUGAUACGAAAGGUGCUCAAAAUAAUAUGAAUGAUCUUGACAAAAAGGUCGAGUUUCGAAGCCGUAGCGGUAGCACGGAUACCACGGGUUCAGAAAGUGGAUCGAAUAGUUCUGGCGUGCGAAGAAGCAAUAGAAUUCGCACUAUAGGUUUAAUGAAACAAAGAUCUCGAGGGCGUGGCUUGGUGACUAAAUCAAGUACAGAAAUUUUGAAAGCUAAUUCAACACAGGAGAAAGAUAAAAUAACUGCCCAUAUGACUACUGCUACUUUAGAAUCGAAGAUUAAUAUGGAUGGGCAAUCUGAAAUACAAUGUGACAAGGAAAAUAAUGCUAACAAAAUGCAAACCACGCACGAUCCUCUUGCUCCUCUUGUAGCAACUUUCAAUACUUCUGGUUACAAUUCAGAUUCAUUGAAACCAGUUAAAGUAAAAUCGAGAUGGCGAAGAUCUAGUGAACUUGAAAUGGGAGGAUCUAGUUCGUCCAUUUCCGGAACGGGAUUUGAAUUAUCAAAUGCUGUUACAUCUGAAUUAAUAACACACGUGACAACUAAGUCGAAUAGUGCUCUUCCAGGAGAAUCUGGCUCUUUCGAACGUGGAUCCAUAGCUGUAUGUGCAUCCAUGAAUGUACAUUCUUAUCCAGAAAUUAAACAGGAUAAAGAGGAGAAUGUAGAAAAUAAUUCUUCUGUUAAUUCGUUGACAACACAGGUUCCUAAAAUUAUAGGAAUAAAGACAAGUCCGAUAAUAACAGCUGAUAUUAAGAAUAAAGAAAUGGAAGAAAGAUUAAGUCAAUUUGAAUAUUUACGUGAAAAUUUAUAUCUUACCGAAAGAUAUACCAAUAAGGAGACCAAAAGAAUGGUAUGCGAUUGUUUUCUGACAGAAGAGGAAAUAGAAAGAGGUGAACUUGGUUGCGGUGAGGAUUGUCUCAAUAGACUUCUCAUGAUAGAAUGCGGGUCUAGAUGCGUAGUCGGUGAUAGAUGCACUAACAAAAGAUUUCAAAACUGUGAAUAUGCAAAGUGCGAAGUCUUUAAAACAGAAAAAAAAGGAUUCGGAUUACGUGCAGUGGCUGAUUUAGAUGUAGGAGAAUUUAUAAUGGAAUACGUAGGAGAAGUGGUGGACCCGAAAGAUUUUCGCCGUAGAGCUAAAGAAUAUUCCAAAGAUAAGAACAGACAUUAUUAUUUCAUGGCUUUAAAAUCUGAUCAAAUAAUAGAUGCUACUAUGAAAGGAAAUGUUUCACGUUUCAUAAAUCAUAGCUGUGAUCCAAAUGCCGAAACACAAAAGUGGACCGUAAAUGGUGAAUUGAGAAUAGGAUUCUUUAUAAAGAAGUUCAUAGCCGCUGGAGAAGAAAUUACAUUUAAUUAUCAUUUUCAACGAUAUGGAAAGGAAGCGCAAAAGUGUUUCUGCGAAGCUCCUAAUUGCUGUGGUUGGAUCGGUGAUACGCCUGAAGAAGAAAUAGAAAAAAUCGAGAAAAAGGAGAAACGUGAGAAAGAUGCUAGAAAGAAGAAGGAGGAGAAGAAAUCAAUGGAUUAUAUGGAGGAUGAAGACUUGGAAGAAGAAAUAGACAAGUUAUGUUCGGGUGGUUUGAAAAAUCGUGCUCAUACUUUAACUUUGAGUCGUUUGAUGGUUCGAAGUAGAGAAUUGAAACAUAGAACAUGCCUGUUGCGUUUAAUACAAAGCGGGGAACAACCGUGUAGAAGAUUGUUCUUAGAUUAUCAUGGUCUUCGUUUAAUAUGGAGCUAUGUUAUGGAUAUUGCUAAGGACGAAUCCGAAGAGGCGCAACAAUUUCGUCUGGAAAUUCUAAAGACUUUAAAUACACUGCCAAUACCUAACAAAACAAUGUUAAUGGAUAGUAAGAUUUAUGGUGUAGUAGAAAAAUGGUCAAAUCGAUUAUAUUUAUCACCAAAUGGGGAGUCACCGGAAGAUGAUCAAGUCAAAGUAAAGAGAUCAUCCGACGAAGGUAACGGUUGUUAUAACGACGGUGGUACGAAGAAAAUUUUGGACAAUUUGAGCAACAUUCCAUGUUUAACCGAAACUAAAGUCGAACAUUCAGGAAUAAAUGAAAUCAAAUCUGAAAAUACAGAUCAAGCUCUUAUUCCUGAAUUAGCAUCGACGUUAUUGUCCGAAUGGUCUAAUCUAAAAGAGGUCUUCAGAAUACCCAAAAAGGAAAGAAUCGAACAGAUGAAGGAACAUGAAAGAGAAGCAGAUCGCGGGUAUAGGGAAGAGCUCGAAAAAGAUGAAAAAGCUGGAACGUCCUACGAAAGACAUAGGUCCGAUAGGUAUGGAAGAGCCGAGUUAGACAAACGUACGGAUAGAAGACGAGGAAGAGAGUCUCCAGAAUUUGAACAUAAUAGAACAAAAGAUAAGAAAGGAGAAGAAAGAAGCAGUUUAGUUCCUAUACCAAGGAUGACAAAAUAUGAACGUAGACAAUUAUUUGCUCUGAAAGUAGCUAAAGAAGAGGAGGAGAGGCAACGUCGUCAGCAACACGAUUCUUGGCAAGAACACGAAGCAAGAUGUUUAGCUUUGGGUAUAGAUCCCCAUUCUACUGCUAUGUUAGAUCCACAAACUGGUUAUCCGGUAUUUUAUAAUCCAACGCUUGGCCAAUGGCAGCAUUAUUCUGCCCAAGAAGGAGAUAUCGCACAGCAAUGUACUUCUACGUGCGUAGGAGGAAAUCAAUCUCUAUCCACUUCGAGUACUAUAGUAUCGCAAAAUCCUCAUGCGUUACAAUCAACAAUAACUUCUGAAAUAACCACUGGUAUAACUGGUACAACUGCCGUUCCCUCAAGUGUACCACCCGUAGUGUAUUCCUUAAAUCAAGCAUCUGCUUUCAAUCAGACGACAACUUCAUAUUCUUUAAUUUCACACCAUCAACAGUAUUCGGAAGGUCACUUGUCGAUCGCAAGCAACUUGGUACCUGUCCAUGGUGUUUCGCAACCUAUCUCCAUUCAGUCACAAUCUCUUUAUGUUGACAAAACGACAAACUCUCAACAAUUUCCUGUCAAUGCCUCUACCGAUACUAUUUCCAAUCAGGCGGAAAUACCACCCAUAGAUUUGCCACCUAAAUGGAAGAGUGCGAUAGAUGCUAGAGGCAGAAGGUACUACUAUCAUAUAAAAGAAAGAGUGUCGCAAUGGUUACCACCGCCACCAGACCACAUAGGUGUCCAACCAGAUUCGUCGUCUACUUCAGAAUCCAGUGACGAUUCAACGUCCUCUAACGAGGAUGAAGAAGAUCUUGAUGAUGAACAGAUUGAUAAGAAAGAAGAGGAUGUAUAUUUAGAUGCUGGUACCACAGAAAAACGUAAUUCUACAAAAAAAGUUAAUCCAUUUAAUACUCCAGUUGGUUCCAAUAUAUUUCCUGAAACCAAAAAGCGAAGAGAUGGUUUGGUACAAGAAAGGAUCAUUAGUCCAAGAAGAGAAGAGGAUCGUAUUGGUCAUAAAACGUAUAAGGAAUUAAAAGAAAAAUUACGAAGGCAGAAGGAAAGAGCAAGACUUAAAAUGCAUGUUGAUAAACUUAGAAAACAUAGACGUAGUAAUAAAUCGAAAGUUCAUUCGAGACAUUGGCUGAAUAAACCACAAUCAACAUCGUCCGAUUUCACUAGCAGCAUGUCGGAAAGAAAGAUUAAGGAUACCUUCAGAAUAAAUAUGGCCAAUGUUAUGGUACAUUUCUUAAAUCCAUACAGAAAAAAUGAUUGUAAGCAAGGUCGGAUAACUAAUACGGAAGAUUUUAAGCAUCUUGCGAGAAAGUUAACGCAUUUCGUACUUGCGAAAGAGCUGAAACAUUGUAAAAGUGUGGACGAACUACAAUGUAAUGAAAAUGUUAAACACAAAGCUAAAGAUUUUGUGCGCAAAUACAUGAGUAAAUUUGGCGCAGUAUAUCAGAAAGGCACAGAUGAAGAUUAAUUGUUUGUAUAUGUACGAAAUGAAAUUGUUAUUUAUUAUAUGCCAACUCUAUCCUGAACGUUAUCAGUUCCUUAUAUAUAUAUAUAAAAAUAAUUUUCCUCUUUGUAGAUAUAUCCGGAACUAUAUUACUACCGUAAAAUAGCAAAAAAUUGUAUAUGUGUGAAAAACUUUUCUAUAAGUUAGUAGCUAAUAAAAUAGCAAAUUAUUAA